GGAAAGCGUACGAUUCGUCACUGUGGCUUCGUACUGAUUGAGAAGAUAAGAGGCGGAAGGGCAUAUAAGUGCGUGUCCUGACGUCCACAUUGGUUCGUAUAAAGAGCAGAACUUCUUGUGGCGACGGUAACUUGAAGCCCCUAUUCCAGCCCAAUUUGAUCCCAUCGCACAUCCGAGUCGAGGUCGACUUCGACGCAAACUACGACCCUGGCAAGAUCUUUGACGGAUCAGCCCAGUUUCAUUAUAGUACACGUAAGUAGUUACUUGGCCACCACUGGAGCCACGGUCCCGUACGAAGUCACCAGGAUGAGCGAACACGAACUGGUCUACGUGGCUGCCGAUUCUGCGCGGACGUUUACGGCUGCGGUAUUGGAGAAGUAUGGAAUCUCGUCCGAGAAUGCAAGGAUCAUUGCUGGAUACCUUGUCGAGGCUGAUUUGAGAGGUGUGGAUACGCAUGGCAUGAAUCGUCUGAUCCCCUACUCCACCCGACUCGAAAAAAACCUCAUCUCCCCAACCGCCACACCGACCCUCAAACCCCUCGGUCCCUCCAUCGCCCUCCUCGACGGCCAAAACGCCUUCGGCCACCUCGUCGCGCAUCACGGCAUGCUCGCCGCCAUCCGCAUGGCCAAAGCCAGUGGCCUCGGCCUCGUCUCCGUCCGGAACAGCAACCAUUUCGGCAUGAGCGCGUCCUACGUCCUCCAAGCCGUCCGCGAAGGCCUCUGCGCGCUCGUGUUCACGAACUCGUCCCCGGCCAUGCCGGCGUUCGGUUCCAUGACGCAGCUGCUUGGUGUUAGUCCCAUCGCGGCCGGUGCGCCGGGUCCGGAUAAGGGUGUGGAUGCGGAGGGGAACAGGAUAGGUGGGGAGGAUUUCGUGUUGGAUAUGGCGCCGAGUGUGGCGGCGAGGGGGAAGGUGCAUAAGGCUUUGAGGAGGGGAGAACAGAUACCGGAUGAUUGGGCGUUGGAUGCGGAGGGGCGGCCGACAACGGACCCGCAGGAGGCGUUGAAGGGAGUAAUGUUACCGAUGGCGGGGCCGAAGGGGUCUGGGUUGGCGUUGAUGAUGGAUGUGUUUUCGGGAGUGUUGACGGGGGCAAGCUUUGGUGGGGACGUGGUGGGACCGUAUGAUGCGUCGGAGAGAGGGUUGAGUACGAAUGCGGGGGUGGGGCAUUUUAUUUUUGUGAUGAAGGCGGGGAUGUUUUUGGACGGUGGAGAGAAGGAAUUUAGGGAGAGGCUGGGAGAGCUAUAUGCGAGGGUGACUGGAGGUGAAAAGAGGGAAGGGGUCGAUAGAAUAUGGUUUCCUGGAGAGAAAGAGGCUGUCAUGCAACGUCAGAGAGAAAAGCAAGGGAUUCCUUUCACGAGGAGUGAGGUGAAAGGUAUGAAUGAGGUUGCAACGAAAGUCGGCGUAUUCGCAUUAGAGACGUCAGAAGUAUCGUUGGCGUAAUGUAUAACGGCGACUGGUUAUCAU